AUUUUGUCAUGUUGAAUUUUGUAAACAAAAAACAACCCUUUUAAAAAAUUAAAUAUUUAAUCGUUUCACUAUGAAAAUCGACUAAUUUCGAUUCAAAUUAGUCAUGUUUUCGAUUUGCAAACAAAGUCAUCCCCCUACCGGAGUGGAGCAUGCCCUCAGCUGCUUUUUCUUCAAUAAAACCGAAAAAAGUCUCGUUACUGCUGGGACAAACGUUAUUAAAGUGUUCCGGUUGAUUCCUGAUGUCGAUCAGAAAGCAAAGCAUGAAAGAUAUUCAGAAAUCUUCCCUCCAAAAUCCAAACUGGAAUGCCUGGCUCAGUAUCAACUUUUUGGCAAUAUUAUGUCCAUGCAAAGUGUCACUUUGGCUAAUUCGGCUAGGGACUCUUUACUAGUGGCCUUUUCUGAUGCCAAAUUGUCUGUGGUAGAAUACGAUCCAGAGAAUCAUGAACUUAAAACUUUGAGUUUGCAUUAUUUUGAAGAUGAGGACAUGAAGGAUGGUUGGACUCAUUUUCCUCACGUUCCUAUUGUGAGAGCAGAUCCAGAAAAUCGUUGUGCUGUAAUGACCAUAUUUGGUAGGAAACUUGUUGUGUUGCCAUUCAGGCGUGAUUCGUCCAUUGACGAUGGAGAUUCGGACAUAAAACCGAUGCUAAGUUCAACAGGUUCGGGCAAAAAUCCUAUUUUAGCCUCCUACAUGAUUGUAAUGAAGGAUUUUAUUGAUAAAAUUGACAAUAUUAUCGAUAUACAGUUUUUGCAUGGGUAUUAUGAGCCUACUUUGUUGAUACUUUAUGAACCUUUGAAGACUUUUUCAGGACGUACAGCGGUGAGAAUGGAUACAUGUGCAAUGGCUGCAAUUUCCUUGAAUUUACAGCAAAAAGUACACCCUAUUAUAUGGAGUGUUUCAAAUUUGCCUUUUGAUUGCUUGAGAGCGGUUUCGAUUAAAAAACCACUUGGCGGUACUUUAAUCUUUGCAGUAAAUUCUCUAAUUUAUCUCAAUCAGAGUAUACCGCCUUAUGGAGUGGCAGUUAAUAGUAUAGCUGAAUCUUCUUCAAAUUUUCCCCUAAAGCCGCAAGAAGAUGUAAAAAUCAGUUUUGAUUGUGCACAAAUGGGUUUUCUGGAUGAUGACACCUUGGUCUUAUCCCUAAAAGGAGGUGAAUUAUAUGUCCUCACCUUACUAGCUGAUAGUAUGCGUUAUGUGAGGAAUUUCCAUUUUGAAAAAGCGGCCGCCAGUGUCUUAACAACUUCAGUUUGCAUUUGUGAAAACAAUUUCCUUUUUUUGGGCUCCAGAUUAGGAAACUCGUUAUUGCUACGUUUCACUGAAAAAGCUAACGAAGUCAUAAUAACUAUAGAUGAUGAGCCUACUACUAAAAAAAUUAAAAAAGACCCCGGAGAUAUAAUAUCAGAUGAGCUAACAGACUUUAUUGCAAGUGACGUAAUGGACAUUAGAGAUCCAGAAGAAUUGGAAGUAUACGGUAACCAAACACAAGCUGGAGUCCAAAUAACCAACUACAUUUUCGAAGUGUGCGAUUCCUUGUUGAAUAUCGGCCCUUGUGGACAAAUUUCUGUGGGCGAACCUGCCUUUUUAAGUGAAGAAUUUUGCAAUAAUCCUGAUCUUAACUUAGAGCUAGUAACCACCGCAGGCUAUGGUAAAAACGGCGCUUUAUGCGUCCUGCAACGCUCUAUAAAACCGCAAAUCGUUACCACUUUCACUUUGCCUGGCUGCUUCAACAUGUGGACUGUGAAAAGCGGCGAAGAUCGACACGCUUUUUUGAUUUUGAGCCAAGAAGAUAGCACGAUGGUGUUGCAAACGGGCCGGGAAAUUAACGAAAUUGAUAAUACAGGGUUUGCUACGCACCAACCGACGGUUUUUGCCGGAAAUUUGGGCAAUAACAAAUUUGUGGUGCAAGUUACCACCAUAUCUGUGAGGCUGUUGCAAGGAGCUGUUCAGUUGCAACAUGUUCCAAUGGAUUUAGGCUCACCAAUUGUACAUGCUUCUAGUGCUGAUCCGUAUAUUUCCUUGCUCACUUUUGAUGGGCAAGUGAUUACUCUUAUGUUGAGAGAAACCAGAGGAUCUGCUAAGUUGGUUAUUAGUAAAUCGACUUUGUCAAAUAAUCCCCCUGUUGCAGCCAUUUGUAUGUACAAAGACACCUCUGGUAUAUUCACUAAUAAAAUCCCAGAACAAUUCACUCAAGUCCCUCAUCACUACAUAGCUGACAUCUCAGACAUGAAAACCGAAACAGAAAAUGAAGACGAUCUUUUAUAUGGAGACAAUGACUUUAAAAUGCCCUCUUUAGCUAAUCCUGCACCAAAACCUAAAGUUUUCCACAACUGGUGGAGAAAGUAUUUUGUUAACAAGAAACCAACUUUCUGGUUGUUUGUGGUACGGGCAAAUUCUAGCUUGGAAAUUUAUUCGAUUCCGGAUUUCAAGAUGAGUUUUUACGUACAAAACUUAUGUUUCGGCCAUAAGGUUUUAAUUGACGCUUUGGAAUCGGUUAUAAUGAAUGCUACAAUGCAUGUUAAUGAGACCCAGAUUCAAGAGGAAUAUCAAGUCAAGGAAAUUUCUAUGGUUGGUAUGGGUACAAAUGGAACCAGACCACUUCUCUACGUUAGAUUGGACAAAGCCCUUUACAUAUAUGAAGUGUUCAGAUACCACAAGGGAAAUUUGAAGCUUAGAUUUCGCAAAAUCAAGCACGACAUCAUGUAUCAGCCCAACGUUGGCGGAAUUGUCACUAGUAUAUCAGAAAAUUCUGAUUUAUCAAUUCUGCAAGACCGCAUUUCGAGGAUUAAAUAUUUUGACAAUGUCGCAGGCUAUAAUGGUGUGUUUAUAUGUGGCGCGAGUCCUUAUUGGAUGUUUUUGACUAAGCGUGGCGAAUUAAGAUCUCAUCCAAUGGUCAUUGAUGGAGAAGUAACUAAUUUUGCUGCAUUCAACAAUGUUAAUUGCCCAGACGGAUUGUUGUAUUUUAAUAAAAAAUCUGAACUUAGAAUAGGAAUGCUUCCGACUCAUUUAAGCUACGACGCCCCCUGGCCAGUAAGAAAAGUCCCACUACGUUGCACCCCUCACUUUGUCACCUACAAUUUAGAAUCAAAAACUUAUUGUUUGGUUACUAGUUUAAGUGAACCGUCAAACUCCUACUAUAGAUUCAAUGGAGAAGACAAAGAGUUAACCAUAGAAGAUAGAGGAGACCGUUUUCCGUAUCCUCACCAAGAAAAAUUCAGCCUAAUGCUCUUCUCUCCAGUAUCCUGGGACAUUAUUCCCAACACCAAAAUUGAUUUGGACGAAUGGGAACACGUUACUUGCUUGAGGAAUGUGUCUCUGGAAUACGAAGGUGCCAGGUCUGGAUUGAAGGGCUAUAUUGCAGUGGGUACCAAUUAUAAUUACGGAGAGGACAUAACUUCAAGAGGCAGGAUUUUGAUUUACGAUAUUAUUGAAGUGGUUCCGGAACCUGGACAACCUUUGACUAAAAAUAAAUUCAAGGAAAUUUAUGCCAAGGAGCAAAAAGGGCCUGUGACUGCUUUGUCACAAGUUAAAGGAUUUUUGAUAUCUGCUGUUGGUCAAAAAAUUUAUAUAUGGCAAUUAAAAGACAACGAUCUUAUUGGUGUGGCUUUUAUUGAUACUCAAGUUUACACUCAUCAAAUUUUAACAAUUAAAAAUCUUAUAUUAAUAGGAGAUGUUUAUCAGUCAAUUUCGUUGCUGAGAUUUCAAGAAGAGUACAGGACUUUGUCAAUGGUUUCAAGGGAUUUGAGAAACUGCGAAGUUUACUCAAUUGAAUAUAUGAUCGAUAAUAGCAACAUGGGCUUUUUAAUUUCGGACAAAGAAAAGAAUUUGUCAAUUUGUAUGUACCAGCCUGAAGCCAGGGAAUCCUUAGGAGGCUAUAGACUAUUGAAAAAGGCAGAUUUUCAUUUGGGGCAAGCAAUCAGCACUUUUUUUAGGAUAAAAUGUAAAAUGGGUGAGCUUGCAGAAGAAAAAAAGCAAAUGAGCGGAGCUGAUAGAAGACAUAUAACCAUGUAUGCUACACUAGAUGGAGCUUUGGGAUAUAUUAUGCCAGUCCCAGAAAAAACUUAUAGAAGACUACUCAUGUUGCAAAAUGUUUUGGUAACGCACGGAGCUCACGUUGCAGGCCUAAAUCCCAAAGCUUACAGAACAAUUAAGAGUGGAUUUAAAUCCCUAUCCAAUCCUACCAGAGGUAUUAUUGAUGGAGAGCUAGUGUGGAAUUUUAUACAGCUUUCUAUUACUGAAAAAAUCGAGAUAUCCAAAAAAAUUGGCACAAAACUAGACGAGUUGCAAGAGGAUUUGAAUGACAUUCAAAAGUUAACAAACCAUUUCUAAUGUGUUAAUAAAACAUUUUUUUUUUAAAUUGGAUUUACAAUUUAUUUACAAUUAACAUCAAAUAUACAGACAUAAAAAAAAAAUAUUAUACAUUAUUACACAAGAACAACAUAAAGCUUGAAUUUAUAAGGGCCAUAUUCUCGGUAGUUCAUAAAGCCUGGCUUAGUGGAAAAACUCGGCUUUGUCACAUAAAAAGCCAAGCGGAGAAUAUGGCCCUUAGAGCAUUAAUUAUUUGGUUUUCGAACGCUCCUAUUCUACUGAUUAACAUCUAAUGCCACAUCAAAAUACAACUCAGGACACAAAGUUCUUCCUUUAAUUAUCAAUUAGUAAAGAUGAGUAUUUCAAAUUCCAUUUUUGACAAUAUUGAAGCAACUUUACAAUAUAAUAUUAGUGCAUUUUUUUUUUUUUUUUGGCUCUUAUAGGAAGACCUACUUUUGCAAGUAAAAAAUUAAUUAUUGCACAUAUUAGCAUGGAUGGCCUUUUGUUACCCUUAAGUGGUGUUUAAAAAAAUAAAUUAGUUUUUGUUUUUUGAGGAAAAAUUGGGGCAAUUUUUGUGUUUUCAAAAAAUCGCACAAUUUUUCCUGGUAAAGGAUUAAGAAAUUACACAAUUAGUGUCCUUAGCUGGAAGUUCUAUGUGAGAGAGAUCUUUUUCAAUGAUUUCUUGAAUACUUACGCUUUUUCUUGACUAUCCAAAUGAUGUACCAAUUCGUCUCUUUUAUUCACAAUUUGAACUAGUUCGUCUAAUAAAGCUUGCUCCCUAUCCCUUUGCUCUUCUGUCUUUUUCCAAUCCUCUAUAGACGCAAUCUGCCUUAGCUCGUCAUUUAACAUCUUAUAUCGAGUCUCAUAAUCAGCUUCUUUUUCUCUAAAGUGUAAAAUAGUAUAUUAUAUACCUAGGUAGAGAAGUUGGUCAUUAUAAACCGAGGCGCAAAGCGUGUGUGAGGUAUAUAAUGACUUUCUCUACCGAGGGAUAUAUAGAAUUUUUUUUACUACUGCUAGUAGAAAAUAAAAAAUUUGCUUAAAAUCUGUGCUCUAAUUAUUUUUUUUUUUUAAUGCCCUCUUGAAACUGCUGCCCUCUAUCAACAGCUUAUGAUAACUUCCUAUGUACCAUCGUCACCAAAAGUAUCUGGGACACAAAUAAUGCAUAAUAAUCUCCUGGACUAAUUCUACUGUCAUUCAUUUCAAUGCAUUUAAUUCAUAGUUUGACAAUAAAAUUCAUAUAAUAGGACAAGAGCUAUGUGAAGCUGUCCCAGUUACUUUUGGUGACGAUGGUACCUACAGAAACCUGUAUUUUUUUUUUUAAAUUGACGCAUAAAAUUGAAAUUGAACCAAUAGAAACAUGACAAUAUCCUUGCGUCGUGACGUCAUUUUCAUUAUUGACCUAUGUAUUUUUUCAUUAUUUUCAUUAUUCACCUAGGGAGAGAAAUUCAAUUUUUUCCUAGAAAAAUAGAUUGAAUAAUGACUAUUUCUCAGGUUAGUAGUAAAAAAAAAUAGUUAUUUAUUAUACAACGGAAAAAAGUACUAGAUGGUGUGGUGUGGAAAAAAAAAUCACUUUCUUCCCAUGGGAGAAAAAGUGACAUUUUUGCCCCUGUCAACAGGUACAAAAAGUCUACUUUUUUCCCGUCACAGAAAAAUAGUUUAUUUUACAAGGAAAAAAAGUACUAAAUUUUAACGCGAGGUGUGGUUUGUCUCCCGACAACACAACGAACACUAAAAUCUUACUUUUUUCCCAUGUAUAAUACACUAUUUUUUUUCUGUGACGGGAAAAUCUCACCAUUUUCCAUCUAUAUAUUAUUCUCUAUGAGAAAAAAAAUUGACUGGUACCUGUUACUUUUUUCCCUCAGGAAAAAAAUUUGACUGGUACCUGCUACUUUUUUCCUGUGGGAAAAAAAAAAUCACAUUUUUCCCGAGGGAGAAAAAGUGACAUUUUUGUCACUGUCAACAGGUACAAAAAGUCUACUUUUUUCCUGUCACAGAAAAAAUAGUUAUUUAUUAUACAAGGGAAAAAAGUACUAGAUUUUAG